AUGUCGAUUCAAGUGUUUUUCGCCAGUGUUAAUAUUACUGAUGAGUUUGUUGACUAUGCGAGAAAAGUGAACUUAUCACUUCUUGGAAUAUGCACUGUCGCCUUGUUGAUUGUCUUUCCAUUCUAUCUGCAUGUUUUCAAAAUGAAUAGAGAACGAGACAAACACGGUUAUCUUCCAUCUAUAAAAAAUGAUGUUUCUGCGCCCACCAAGCCGCCAACCGCAGCCCAAAAAUCUUGUGACCGGAAGGUUGUGAUGAACGUCAUCGCCGUCUGCGGAAAGACAUGCGAAACGGACUCCAAUCUUCACUUCGGGUUUUUUUGCUGUUCAUCACGAGUUCAUUAA